GCUCGCGCGUCCGUUGUCCGGCCUCCGGUCACGUGACAGCAGCGCAGGUGAGCACCGCUUCCGGGGUCGGGCUCCUUGAUCGCGGCCGGCUCGGGUUUCCACUCGGUCGGUUGCGCGGGAGACUAUGGCGUCCUCUUCUGUCCCACCGGCCACCGUACCGCCGGCGACAGCAGGCCCCGGCACGGGUUUCGGGUUCGCCUCCAAAACCAAGAAGAAGCAUUUCGUGCAGCAGAAGGUGAAGGUGUUCCGGGCGGCAGACCCACUGGUGGGUGUGUUCCUGUGGGGCGUAGCCCACUCGAUCAAUGAGCUCAGCCAGGUACCUCCCCCGGUGAUGCUGCUGCCAGAUGACUUUAAGGCCAGCUCCAAGAUCAAGGUCAACAAUCACCUUUUCCACAGGGAAAAUCUACCCAGUCAUUUCAAGUUCAAGGAGUAUUGUCCCCAGGUCUUCAGGAACCUCCGUGAUCGAUUUGGCAUUGAUGACCAAGAUUACUUGGUGUCCCUUACCCGAAACCCCCCCAGCAAAAGUGAAGGCAGUGAUGGUCGCUUCCUUAUCUCCUAUGAUCGGACUCUGGUCAUCAAAGAAGUAUCCAGUGAAGACAUUGCCGACAUGCAUAGCAAUCUCUCCAACUAUCAUCAGUACAUUGUGAAGUGCCAUGGCAACACACUUCUGCCCCAGUUCCUGGGUAUGUACCGAGUCAGUGUGGACAAUGAAGACAGCUACAUGCUUGUGAUGCGCAAUAUGUUUAGCCACCGUCUUCCUGUGCACAGGAAGUAUGACCUCAAGGGAUCCCUAGUGUCCCGGGAAGCCAGUGACAAGGAAAAGGUUAAAGAAUUGCCCACGCUUAAGGAUAUGGACUUUCUCAGCAAGAACCAGAAAGUGUAUAUUGGUGAAGAAGAGAAGAAAAUAUUUCUGGAGAAGCUAAAGAGAGAUGUGGAGUUUCUAGUGCAGUUGAAGAUCAUGGACUACAGCCUUCUGCUGGGCAUCCACGACAUCAUUCGGGGCUCUGAACCAGAGGAGGAGGGGCCUGCGCGGGAGGAUGAGUCAGAGGUGGAUGGGGACUGCAGUCUCACUGGACCUCCUGCUCUGGUGGGCUCCUACGGCACCUCCCCAGAGGGUAUCGGAGGCUACAUCCAUUCCCAUCGGCCCCUGGGCCCAGGAGAGUUUGAGUCUUUCAUUGAUGUCUACGCCAUCCGGAGUGCAGAAGGAGCCCCCCAGAAGGAGGUCUAUUUCAUGGGCCUCAUUGACAUCCUUACACAGUAUGAUGCCAAGAAGAAAGCAGCUCAUGCAGCUAAAACUGUCAAGCAUGGGGCUGGGGCAGAGAUCUCUACUGUCCAUCCGGAGCAGUAUGCUAAGCGAUUUCUGGAUUUCAUUACCAACAUCUUUGCCUAAGAGACUUCACGACUCCCUGAUGUUCAAGGUGGUAGGGUUCUGAGAGGUUGGGGGGAAUUGUGGGUAUUCUAGCCACCACAUCUUCUUUUGCUAAAUUCAGGCUGCAGGCUCCUUCCAUCCAGAUAACUCCAUCCUGUUUAGUAGGCUUCUGACCCUCAGAAAUACAUUGUCCUUUCUCCCCUUUGCCCAUUUUUCUCCCCUCUCUCCCUCCCCCCAAGAAGUCUGCUUGUAUUAUUAGAAUGUUAUUGUUGAUUCUCUCCCAAGUGCCUUGAUCUUUGUAAAAUCUCCUGUUGUUUCUAUGAUAUAGGAGCUGGGGUAAGGGGGUUGUUUGCCAUCUUCAGGACCUGACUGGACAGAUGGACCUGGCUCAAGCAACUACUCUGGAUGCACUUUGCUGUGUGGGAUGCACUAAAAGUGUCUGAAUUUUGCUGAUAACUUUAUAGAACUCACUAUGGCAUGCUUCUCUCCUGGUGGGCCCUAGGAUGGAGGACAGUCAAGAUACUACAGAUGUGGGUACAGGCAUGCACACACAUGAUGGAAUAUGGCCAGCCCUACACAGGCGGGGUAGAGAGUGGGUCAGCAGCCUGGCACCUCACAGAGGUGGGGCCUACGAGGAUUCUUGUGAUUAUGCAGAGAAUUGGAUUGGGUCUCUGUCAGAGAUGGAGUAAUCUCUUCCCUCACCUUAGUUCCAUCCCCACCCAUCUCUACUUCUGGACACAGGAGCCCAGAGAUGGCCAAAAGCAUUCAAGCCUGGAGGAAGGUGUUUGACUAUUGCUGCUCUUCGCCAGAACCUCGCACCUCUCCUGGGACUGGAACCCUUCAGUGGGUGUGUGGCCAGUUCUGGAGGCUAGGAUUCUGGGCCAUGGUGUAAGGUUCAUUCUCCACGUUAAGUUUCCUUUCAGCCAGGUGCAGUGGCUCACGCCUGUAAUCCCAGCACUUUGGGAGG